UUUAAGGAUGCGCUAUAGCGUAUCUUGAGGGUCUGGUCACACUGAUAAAAAAAGCGGGACGCGUCGAACUAAAAUUUUUCUGUUGGUUAAUUUUGAGAUUUGAAGAAUUAUACCAAUUAGAAAAAAAUAUGAGACCCCCACCAAAGCGAGGUGAACGUAAACGUGCCGCAGCUCCACAGCCCUCACGAGAAGAUACUGACUCCGAGCACUCGGACGAUGAAAGUGCGUUCCGCUCGCCUGAUAACGAUGAUGCCACAGACUACGGCUUGGAGUUCACGACGAGUCGCCUAAAUUUACAGGAUGUCAGCAAUCGGCGCUGCUCAACGCUCCGCAAAGACACCUCCGCUACUCGCAAAAGAUUGGCCGCCAAUCAAAGCACAUCCGAGGAGGAGGAGGAGGAUGAAGAAAAUCAGUCGCCGUCAACCAGAUCACGGACGUCCCUCAGAGGAAUAGCUCCGCAAUCGUCUCAAGUAAGUUCAGCAGCAGAGUCACCUCAGAGGCGGGCAGGACCUCAAACGCCUCAGAGGAGAUCAGCAGCUCCCCAGCCACCUCAGGGAAGACCAACCGCACAACCGCUUCAACGGAGCGCUCAAACAGCCGGUGCCGGCCGGCGGAAAGGGAGAAGGCCUCUGAAUCGGGAGGCGAGAAUGCAGAGAGAGAUUCGCAACCUGCAGAUGUUUACCGGCAAUUUGAUACCCCGGCUACCAUUUUCGCGCCUUGUAAGGGAAUUACUGUACUCAGAAGGAGCUCAUCAGCCGUUUAAAAUAACCGCCGGUGCCCUAGAGGCGUUGCAAUCCUCCUCGGAGAUCUACAUGACCCAGCGGCUUCAGGAUGCGUACUACCUGACUCUGCAUCGUGGGCGCGUAACCCUAGAUGUGCGGGACAUGGUAUUGAUGGGCUAUAUUUGCGACAACUUGAGGCGUAAUUAAUGUUAAUGUUAUAUUUAAAUAUUUAAAAGUUAAUUAAGAAUUCUUCGACAUUGAUAUUGCAUAUUAGUUAAGUUUUUGUUCCAUUUACCCUGUAAAAUGUUACCAUUGAUUUUUGUAAGAUUUUAAAAAGUAUAUAAAGAUAAAGAUGAUCGUUAAAAUGUAUCAAACAAUUA